AGAGGACUAAAAAGGCCGGCUUUUCCCCAACCUUUCCAGUUCCCAGGGAAGAGGCAUAAGCCAUCAUCUUCAUCAUCAUCAGGAGAGAGAGGAGUAGAAGAAGAAGAAGAAGAUGGUGAGCAAAACAGAGGAAGAGCAAGUGAAUAGAUUGGAGAGUCAAGUGGAGAACGGAGGAGGGGGUGCUUGGGAGUACCUUUGCCUUGUCAGGAAGCUAAAGCUUAGACGCUCUGAUAAAGUCUUAAAGUUCGGAUUAUCCAUCCUCAAUGACCCCAAAAAACGAUCUGCUCUUGGCCCUGAAGAAUGGACUUUAUAUGAGGAGGUAGCUGUUGCGGCUAUGGACUGUCAGUGUCUUGAUGUGGCAAAGGAGUUUACUAAGGUGUUACAAAAGAAGUUUCCGGGAAGCAAAAGGGUUGGUAGGCUAGAAGCAAUGCUACUAGAAGCUAAAGGAUCAUGGGCAGAGGCGGAAAAGGCUUACAUGAGCCUUUUGGAGGACAAUCCUCUUGAUCAGAUAGUACACAAAAGGAGGGCAGCCAUGGCAAAAGCACAGGGGAAUAUUCCGCUUGCGAUUGAGUCUCUCAAUAAAUAUCUUGAAAUAUUCAUGGCAGAUCAGGAUGCCUGGAGAGAACUAGCUGAAAUCUAUGUUUCCCUACAAAUGUACAAGCAAGCAGCUUUCUGCUAUGAAGAGCUUAUUCUGUCACAACCAACCAUUCCAUUGUUUCACCUGAGCUAUGCUGAUGUGCUCUACACUCUUGGUGGACUGGAAAAUCUACAGACAGCAAAGAAAUAUUAUGCCUCUACAAUAGACUUAACUGGUGGAAAGAAUACAAGAGCACUUUUUGGUAUAUGCCUGUGUACUGCUGCUAUUGGACAACUGACAAAAGGACGGAACAAGGAAGACAAGGAGAACUCACAGCUACCGUCUCUUUCUGCAAUUGCAUUGGAGAAGGACUAUAAACAGAGGAAUCAAAGCAAACAUUCUCUGCUUACUGCCACCUUAAAAAGCUUGAAACUAUCGUAGUAAAGUUAUUGACAUGGCUUAUGACUACGUCUUCCCUUGUGAACUGGGGAUUGCAAGCACCUUCAGUCGCGUGACAAGUUUCUGCAUCAGUUAAUGUUUGAUCGCUUAAUUGUAGUUCUUUUGCUAUCCAAAGUCCUUUUACGACCAUGAGAGAAUAGCUAUCUUGUGUUUUAGUGCUCUAAGACAAAUAGGAGCAUUUUUUGCCAUUGAUUUGCUUAAACUUUAUUUCUGCCCAGGAAUCUGGUUGUAAUGUUCCUUAAAGUAGGCUGAGGGUAUAUGAAUUUUACUAGAUUGUGUGUACCAUUUGGAGGACUUGCCUUUCUUCUUCCAUUUUUUUUGGUAUAUGCUCCAAAACUGAAACGA